GGAGGAGAGGAAGAGAGCAGGCCACACAUAUAAAUCAUUAUCUAUAUCUGUUGAGCUGGACACAUCCCACACAUGAGAUUCCACUGCAGCUCACCCACUUUCUACCAGAGCGAAAUCAGAUGCUCUGACAUUUCGAACAAGCUUCACCACCUGGACGUUCACUUCUGGACUAAGGAGCGGUCAUGGAUCCAAUAGUGGAAGUAGUGGCCUUGAUUCUAGGCUUCACUGGGUGGGUGAUGGUGGGGGUCGCCCUGCCCAACCGUUACUGGAGGACCUCCACCGUCGACGGGAACGUCAUCACCACCUCCACCAUAUAUGAAAACCUGUGGAUGUCAUGUGCAACCGACUCGACCGGCGUUCACAACUGCAGAGAGUUCCCCUCGCUGCUCGCCUUGAGUGGUUACAUUCAGGCGUCCCGCGCCUUGAUGAUCACGUCGAUCGUGUUGGGCACCUUGGGCCUGGUGGCUGCUCUGAUAGGAAUCCAGUGCUCGAAGGCUGGAGGGGACAACUACGUGCUCAAGGGCAGGAUCGCCGGCACAGCAGGAGUCCUCUUCGUGCUCCAAGGCUUGUGUACAAUGAUCGCGGUGUCCUGGUACGCCUUUAACAUUACUCAGAACUUCUUUGACCCCUUGUUCAUGGGGACAAGGUACGAGAUCGGGGAAGGCCUGUACAUCGGCUGGUGCUCCGCCGUGCUCGCCAUCGCUGGCGGCGCCUGCCUCAUGUGCUCCUGCAAGUUCAACACUCAGGAAAAAUACCCGCUGCCUUAUCAGACCAGAGGAACUGUACAUUCUGGACCCGCACCCACCAGAAGCAUGGCCGCUAGCACCUACAGUCGAAACGCCUACGUUUGAGCAUCAUUCGAAAACAGAACCUUGUCGAUAAUAGUGAAAACAAACUGAUGUGAUGCAUAGAGUUGGGGGAACCUCUUUAAAACGAAAGAUGUUGUAAAAUGUCAGCAUUAAAACUGUAAAUGUUCAGUACAAGGCUAAAACCGAUGUCCAUGCAAAUUGUUCCUUAUUGAUCUGAAAACAAUUUGGGACAUUUAUUAGGAGAAUGUCAACAGUGUCAUAAUCUGUAUAUUCCAAAUAUUUGUGUGUAUUGCUUUGUACAGUUUUGUAGAUAAUACCUGUGUUAGGUGGUGGAGAACACCUUGUCAUUGUAUGUAUAGUUUUUUUACAAUUGCACACAAUAAAGUUUGUUAUAAUGAAUUAAUUAAAAAAUUAAUAAAAUGUUUUACGUUACAUGCAUCUAAAUUCGUAUGAGAUGAAAUAUGUCAGGUAGAGUAAA